AUGGAAGCAGAAGCAAUAGGAAACAAGAAAGGGCCGACCAAUGAAUCUGAAAUUGAUGUGCAAACGGAGAACAGGCAUAAGGAAUCCCAAUUGGCAAAUGGCAAAAUGAUUAAUGGCGUACUUGACACCAACCAAGAAGACCUGAGAGCGGACAUAGAGACUGGCGCAGAGGCAUUGAAUGACUUAAGACAAGAAGAUAAUAGAAAACUUUCAGUUGGAAACAAUAUAAUGGCCGGUGAUAAUACAACAGAGUACAAAAAGGAAAUAGAAAAUCUGAAAAAAGGAGAUGAAAGGUCUGUAUUAGAUACCGAGGAUAGCUCGCACAAAGUAGAUGUCAUUGGUAAAGAAGAAUACAAUGAAUCCAACCAGAGAUUAGAUGCUAAUAGUAAAUCACAUAAAAAAGAAAAAAAUAAUGAAGAAGAAAAGGAAGACGAAGAAGAUGAGGAAGAAGACAAUGAAGAGGGUGAAGAGAAUGAAGACGACGAGGAAGAUGAAGAUGAAGAUGAAGAUGAAGAUGAAGAUGAAGAUGAAGAUGAAGAUGAAGAUGAAGAUGAAGAUGAAGAUGAAGAUGAAGAUGAAGAUGAAGAUGAAGACGAAGACGAAGAUGACGAAGAUGACGAAGAGGAGCCACCUAGAUUGAAAUAUUCCAGAUUAUCAGGAUUGCCACAGUCAUUCUUCAGAAGAGAUCCUGUAUCUUGUUGUCUAAUUCAUGAUACCUUUCUGAUAUUUGCUACUCACUCAGGAGUUUUGCAUCUUUGCAAACCUGAUAUGACACCAAUAAGAACAUUCAGAGUCCACAAAGCAUCUAUUCUAUCGAUUGCAACAAAUGGCGAUUAUUUUGCGACUGCAUCAAUGGAUGGCUCAGUGGUAAUAGGAUCAAUCAAAGAUCAAAGCGAUAUUACGAAAUUUGAUUUCAAAAGACCAGUUCAUGCCGUAGCUAUUGACAAGAAUUAUAAACUGACAAGGUGGUUUGUGUCUGGUGGCAUGGCAGGCCAAGUUAUAGUGUCUCAAAAAAAUUGGAUGAACGGUAGAAGCGAUAUAGUAAUUGAUGAAGGUAAUGGCCCAAUUGUUGGAAUACACUACAUUGGAGAGGUUUUAAUGUGGGCGAAUGAGGCAGGGAUAUCUAUUUACAAUGUCUCUACGAAGACAAAGAUUUUGAACAUCGCCAGGCCCGAGAACUCGCCGAGAGCGGAUCUAUACUGGCCUAGAUUCCAUACUGUUGAUUCAGACAGAGUAAUUAUUGGCUGGUGUGACUAUAUUUAUUCCAUUAGAGUUGAUAUUAUCGAGAACUCCGCCGGAAAUUCUAAUAUGUCCUUUCUUAGCAGUGCAGCAUCAUCUUUCAGAGCUCCCGUUGAAAGAAAGGCCGAAGUCGAAAAUACUCUACACACUGACUCAUUAAUUUCAGGGAUCGCUUCAUUUAACAACGAUUUAUUAUUAUUGCUAACCUAUAAUGCACCACAAAAAGUGGAUUCUGAUAGUCAUCAGAAAGCAAAAGCAGGUCCUCCAGAAAUUAAAUUGAUUAAUGCUACUGAUGGCGAAGAAGUUGCUGACGAUGAGGUGGCAUUGAAAGAUUAUGAAUCCCUUGGUUUGAAUGACUAUCACUUGGGGAAGUCUAUUGGGGAGCUGAGUCCUCCACGGUAUUACUUGGUUAGUGCAAGGGAUGCAGCAAUAACCGAAGAAUUUAAUAUCAACGACAGAUUGCAAUGGUAUAUCGAUAAGACGAAGUUUAAAGAAGCAUGGGAGAUGAGUGAGCACUUGAUGAGUGAACAUAAAAGAGCUCUUCUUGGAUUAAACUGUGUUGAUCAAUUAAUAGACAAACAUAACUGGCCAGAGGCAGGAGAAUUCAUCUCAAGAGUACUAAAAAUUGAUUUCUUACCUAUGGAUGAAGAGAUAGAAUUAACGGAUCACCAAAAGUUUUUAUCAUCAAAAUGGGAAGAGUACCUUUGGAAAUUUAUCAAAAAUGAUCAAAUUGAUGUCGCAACAGAGAUUAUUCCAACCAAUUUGAAAUUGAAGAUUGAUCACAAGAUUUAUGAAACCAUAUUAGUUUACCACUUAGAAAACAACAAAGAUAAGUACUUGGUUUUAAUUGAACAAUGGGACUCCAAAUUAUAUGAUAUAAAACAUAUUGAACAGUUAUUGGAAGAAAAAAUUGAGCAUGAAAAUGAUCCUAAACUUAGAAAAAUUUUGAGCAACUUGUAUUUGGAGUCCAACGAGCCAGCAUUUGCGGUGCCACACUUGAUCGAACUUAAAAGUGAUGAAGUUUUUACAAUCAUCACCAAAUAUCAUUUGCUAUUGAAUUUCUUGGAUGAAUUACCUAGAAUAGUCACCAUGAACAUUGGCACUACAGAAUUACAAAAAAUUAAAUCAUCUAAAGAUUGCGAAAGAUAUUCAAAGGUGUUUUCUCCAGUUAUUGAUAUGUUGAUUCAGAAUAUCUAUGAAACUUCACCAAAAAGGAUUGUUGACGUCUUGGAAAAGCUGAAGCUUGAUUUUAUCACCUACUUAUAUCUUGAAAAACUAUAUCAAAUCAAUAAUGUUGAACCGUCUAUUCUCGAAGCUUUUGAAAAUUUGAUGAUCACCUUAUUAGCGACUUUUAACCAAAAGAAAUUGUUAUAUUUUCUUAUAAACAAAACUAACUAUAAUAUUGACCAGGCAAUUAAACUUUUUGAAAAUGACAACAGAUAUAUCAAAGAGCUAAUAUAUUUGUUGGGGAAGAUUGGACAAAACAUUCAAGCUUUGAAAUUGAUCAUUGAAAAAGUUGGCAGUCCAGAUGAGGCAAUUCAUUUCGUGAAAAAUAAAAUCAAGACCAACAAAAACGAAAAUGAGGAUCUUUUAGAGUUUUUAGUGGAUCAUAGCAUUGAUAAGCCCUUUUUCAUAGCUGCAUUGAUCGAGAAGGCUAAUGAUUUGAUAAACCCAAUUGACUUGGUUAAAAAGAUACCAGAAGAUACUUUAAUUGAGAAUCUUCAAAUGAAUUUGAUUAAUAUUAUAUUGAGCAAUGAUUUGAACAUAUUGUUGAACGAGAAUAUUUUAAAAAUUGUUAAUAACGAAACUGUCAGCAAUGCCAAUUUGUUUUCCAAACUAAACGAAAGAGGAUACUUGAUAGAUAAUGAGAAAGUGAAGCUACAAAUUAAGGAAUUGAUGUCCAAAAAUCCUAAUGGUUUUGGUGCGUUGUUAAAACCCAUGGUUGAUAUUGAUGAGCACGAGGCAAUUUACAAGAGUUUGAAAGCCAAGAAUUUUAGUCAAGAGGACGAAAGCAGUGAUCUCGAUAAUGAUUUUAAGAUCUCCAUAAAAAGCAUGGACAAUAAUGGAGGCCAAAUAAUCAGUGAAGCAGAGUUGAUUGGUGAGGAUAAUAUCUGGAAUGGUAAUGCCAAGUCAUUAACAGGUUUAAUGAGGCAUUUGUCCUACAUUAGCGAGAAAUUGAAGCAAAUCAGGGGUUUUUGA